CUCAUACACAUCCGCCCCACUACUUCAAGUCGACCUACCUCAAGUAUGCACCAAGUCACCGUCUUAUUGAUUGCGAUCCUUGCGAUCAUUAGUGUGGCCAUUGCGGAGCCUUUGCUCCCUGACGGCUACUAUCGUAUUUGCAAAGGAAAGCACCGCUUGCCCAGAACAUACCGCUACUUCACUGCUUACCCAAAUGCUAAUGUUGGCUCCGUGAGACUUGAGCCCAGAGAUGAAGCUAAACUUCAAGUGUGGCGACUUCGCAACCAUGGCAAAGGCAGGGUGUCCCUUGAAGUCUAUGACAAGAACGCAGAUAAGAGAAAAUUCCUCUCGGAAGGAAGACCUGGCAUCCUUCCAGGAGCGCAUCUGGGUGUUAUUGAAAAGCGACGAAAGUGGUUCUUUACCUCGGUUGGGGAAAACAUUUGGACCAGAUACAUCCUCACUCACCCAAUAAAGUACUACAACCAGACACUUGUUGCCAGCGAGGGCAACUCCCGUGACGAGGAUAUUAAUAAGCCAAACUGGGUUACUUUUAGGGGUGAAGACCAAGAAGACUACACCAGGGAGUGGAGGUUUCUGAAAGCCGUCAUCGACGAUGACGAAGAUGACAAGCACAACGAUGACGAAGUUGACAAGCACAACGAUGACGAAGAUGACGAGUAAAUAGUCGAAAGUUCAGACCAAGUCCUCAGUUCAGCUUCAGUUCAGCUUCGAAGGCAAUUCUUCCAUAACGCAGAUAUUUGUAACCUCUGAAUUCUAUUAAG